GCAGCAGGUAGGGAAAGGGAGGCGGAGAGGUGAGUCACAUGGUCAGUGCCGCACUCCCGGUGUCUCUCCUCGGUUGUAGAGGGAGGAGCAGCACCAGCAGCAGCAGCCCUGACAGCAGCCAGCUCAGCAAGAAACCUCCCCAGGAAGGCUCGGUGGCUGCUGUUUCGCCUCCGCCCGCCUCACACACGAGGCACAUCCACGCACAGGGCAGGCGGAAGGCGGGCAGGAGGCGCUUCCCCGCACCUCCCCUCUGAGCCCAGCUGCCGCAGUGGCUCUCUUUCCACAGACUGGCAGAUACGGGAGGCGCAGGAGCCCUUGAAGGCUGUCAGAAGAAACCCCGCCGUUGCUUCCUUAAAGCAGCUCGGAGGGGGCACCCGCAGCAGAUUAUUUCCUGCCUCCUCGUUCUUUUCCCCACCCUCCCUUGGUGUCUGCUCCUUGGGAAAGAAGAGGAAAGCAUGGAGCUCAAUGCGGGUGGUGUGAUUGCUUACAUCAGCUCUUCAAGUUCAGCAUCUAGCCCUGCCUCGUGCCACAGUGAGGGCUCAGAGAACAGUUUCCAGUCGUCCUCUUCUCCUUUACCACCAUCACCAAACAGUUCCUCUUCAGAGGGCAGCUGUAACACCAAGAGCAGAGAAGGCUCUGAAGGAGCACCAAAGAGUGACCGGCUGGAUGAUUGCAUUAAAACAAUCCAGUCAAGCGUUACUGGAUCAACCAAGGGCAAUAGUGGAGUUACAAAAUUCAGUGGCAUGGUCCUGCUGUGUAAAGUCUGUGGAGAUGUUGCUUCAGGAUUCCACUAUGGGGUCCAUGCCUGUGAGGGCUGCAAGGGUUUUUUCAGAAGGAGCAUUCAGCAAAAUAUCCAAUACAAGAAGUGCCUGAAGAAUAACAACUGCUCUAUAAUGAGAAUGAAUAGAAACAGGUGCCAGCAAUGCCGAUUCAAAAAAUGUUUGUCAGUUGGGAUGUCGAGAGAUGCUGUUCGAUUUGGCCGGAUUCCUAAACGUGAAAAGCAGAGGAUGCUGAUUGAAAUGCAAAGUGCUAUGAAGACCAUGAUGAACACUCAGUUCAGUGAUCACUUGCCCAGCGAAGUAUUAAAAGAUAGCAAAGAACCAGUGAUCCUACUGCCUCAGGAAGAGCUGAACUCUAAAUUGCAAGAAAAGCAAGAAAAUACCAACAUCCCCUCUUCUCCUCCCCCUCCUCCCUCUGACAUUGUUAAGGAAGAAGUGAUUGAAGUGAUGGUUAAGGAAGAAGUGACCAGUGCCCAUAAGGAUACCUUUAUGUACAACCAGGAACAACCAGCAAAUCUUUCCACUGUUGUGCAACCUCGAAAUGGGGAGAGAUUUCUAAAAUACAUUGCUCAGUAUAAUUCUAGUAGUGAGCCUGAUGUGGGUAGGUUAAGCAGCACCCACUAUGGUGCAAAUGAGCAACAUUUCAAUGGACAGUUUAAAGGACAAAACAGUAUGCAUUAUCCACAUGGACAUGACCUUUGCUUCACAAGCAGUCACUCUAUGAACUUUACAAAUGGCUUCACUCUAAAAGGUUGCAGUAGGAUGCCUGAAAAUAGCUUUCCUCCAAAUGAGACUAGGAAUGCCUACUUCCGCAGCACUGGAGGCAGAAUGCAUCUGGUUUGCCCAAUGAACAAGACUCCUUUUGUGGACCCAAAUAAGUCUGGCCAUGAAGUCUGGGAAGAAUUUUCCAUGAGCUUUACCUCUGCUGUGAAGGAAGUGGUGGAGUUUGCCAAACGUGUUCCAGGCUUCCGCGACCUUUCCCAACAUGACCAAGUAAACCUUCUAAAGGCUGGAACCUUUGAGGUUUUAAUGGUACGGUUUGCAUCUUUAUUCAAUGCAAAGGAUCGUACUGUCACUUUUCUUAGUGGAAAGAAAUACAGUUUGGAUGAUCUGCAUUCAAUGGGUGCAGGUGAUCUGCUCAACUCCAUGUUUGAGUUUAGUGAGAAGUUAAAUGCCCUCAACCUUAGUGAUGAAGAAAUGAGCUUGUUCACAGCAGUGGUCCUUGUUUCUGCUGAACGAUCAGGUAUUGAAAAUGUCAACUCUGUUGAAGCACUGCAAGAAACACUAAUCCGUGCACUCAGGACCUUAAUCACAAAAAAUCAUCCAAAUGAAGCCUCUAUAUUUACAAAACUACUUUUGAAACUGCCUGAUUUGCGUUCCUUAAACAACAUGCACUCUGAAGAACUUCUAGCCUUUAAAGUUCACCCAUAGGCUUUUACCUCUUUUUAUUUAUAUGAUGGACUUGCUUCAUGUUAAUUAACUGUGUGUAUUUUGUGCUAAAAUGUUUGUUUAUGUUGUACGUACCUCUUGUAGAGAAGAACUUGCUGACUGUGUGAUGGGUAGAUGUUCUGUUGUCAUGCAUUAAUGCUUCAGAUUGAACAUUUUUCCACACAGGACAACUUGGCCACAGCUUUCUUCUAGAUUUUUCUCAAACGGCUCCACUUGCACUAAAGCUGAAGAGGUUAUACUAAAUCUUAUGGAUAUAGACUGUUAGGAAUUUUGCCCCUACAACAACAAAGGCCAGUAACUUCCUCUGUUAUAAAAAGAAUGCACAAUGGAUAUAUGUAGAAAACUGAACUUUGGAUGAAUGACACUACAGUGACAGGGCCAAGAAGACAGGAUUUAUUUGGUUUAUCCCCUUAUCAAGUGACACAUAACAUUUUGCUUAGGAAACACAAAAAUCUGCUCAUGGUUUCACUAGUCUUGUUUUAGGCAUUUUCAUGGAAUGUCAUAGUGUAUACCAUUUUGGUUGCUCUAGCACAAGCACACCCUUACUCUGUGUGUGUGUGUGUGUGUGUGUGUGUGUGUGUGUAUAAUAUGAAGAGAGUUGCUGGGCUGUUCAUGGCUUCAUAAAAUAUGUAUGUACAUAUCUCCGUGUAUGUAUAUAAAUAGUUCUAAAUAAACAAUAUGCGUAUAAUUGCCCCUGGUGGCGCAGUGGUAAAACUGCAGCCCCUGGUGGCGCAGUGGUAAAACUGCAGCCCUGUAACCAGAAGGUUACAAGUUCGAUCCUGACCAGGGGCUCAAGGUUGACUCAGCCUUCCAUCCUUCCGAGGUCGGUAAAAUGAGUACCCAGAAUGUUGGGGGCAAUAUGCUACAUCAUUGUAAACCGCUUAGAGAGCUUCGGCUAUAGAGCGGUAUAUAAAUGUAAGUGCUAUUGCUAUUGCUAAGUGCUAAUUUCUUCACAAUAUUUUCAACUGUGAAGAAUUUAACCAAACAAAAGAAGGUGACCCACUGAAGCUACCAAAUCAGUGCUUUUGGUUGUGUACUGCUGAACCAGUUGUCUUGAGAGUUUGUAAUGUUUUGGAGAAUUCCAGGUUAAUAUUAUUGUGGUGUAUAUAUUAACUUAAGAAGUGCAGCACCAAAAAUGCAAUCAAAUCAAACUUUUGAAAGGAAGGAUGGGAGGUACUACAUGGGACUGCUGCCUUUAAAAAAAAUUCAUUGCAACUAAGACCCUUAUGUGCUAAUGCAUGCUUAGAGUGUUACUAGGGGGUUGCUGGACACUUUGAGGUACAUCUGAGAAGAAACUUUCAGAUAACUAAUAGUAUCUAUGUAAUUUUAAUGGAGAAUGGUGAAAAUUUUCAAGAAAACUGUAAAACAAAUACAGGCAAACUUCAUUAUCUGUGGAUUCGAUAUCUGCGGUUGGAUAAUUGACACCCAGCCUUGGCAUAUGCAGAAAUCAUAUGAUUAAUUUUCACAUAUCUGUGGUUUAAGACGGACAGAAAUGACCUCAAAGGACAUUUCCAGCUCCCAUUUUGUAAAAGGGAGCCAUUUUGUGGCUCACUUUUUAAAAAACCACACAUUUCUUUCCAUGUAAAAGUGGGGAAUAAUGGAAGCAUUUGGACUUUUGAGGGGACAUUGCUGGAUAGUUGGAGGCCGCAGAGCAUGGUAGGGCACUUCACUUCACCUGCCCCAUUUUUGCUCACUUUUAUGCAGUUUCCCAGCCUUCAGGAACCUAACCCCAAGAUGCCAUUAACGCAAUGCUCUGUUAGCUGUGGUUUCAUUACUUGCAGUAAUCUGCUGGAAUGGAACCCCCAUGAAUAAGGGGUUCACCUUAUGCAUGGUAUAAGGAUAUCCUUAUAAUAGCCUUAUAAGGAUAUUAUAUUAUUAUUGCAUCUUUUUAUGUGUUCCGUGACAAUAUUACACUACACUGAUAUGCUGCUUGAAUGCUAAAAUGAAAUUGGGAUACAAAGAUGUGAGACACUGUCAUUGUCUCUGAUGCUUGUGUUUUAUUUCAAUUAUGGUUUGUUAAUGUUAGAGAUUUAAAAGAUUUUUAAACCUCUUUGGUGUACACCACAAAGUGUACUAGGUUGUCUGAUACCAGGUCUAUUUUUGUAUACAUUUGCUGCUCUUUUUUUUUUAAUGCCAGUGACAAAUUUCCCUAAAUAAGGAUGUGCUUUUUAGCCUGAUAUGCUCUAUCUCAAAACAAUAUUUUCCUAUAAUAUCAAGAGGUGAAAGCACACAAUGCAAUUGUACUUAAAUUAACCCAGAAUGUUAAUAAAACUGUUUUGUAGAAUGAAAGGAAAAAUUAACAGUCUCCUUUAGGAUGAUUCCCCACCUUACAAUCUUUGAUAUUUUAUCUGAGGUCUGCUUCUCUGUGUAUUACUAAAGGUGCAGUUUUGCAACUCCAGAGAAUGAUGACAUCAUGGAUUGGAUAGAUGUUGCUUAAACCUGGUAUUACACUAAAUCAAUUAGUGUUUUGCUACCUGUAAGAUUGAUUUGGAGAUAUUUUAUGGAAUAAAACUUGGAGCAUUUUUUAUGAUUGCUUUUUAAUUUUCAGAGGCUCUAUUUCAAAAUUUAGCAGUCUAAUUCAAUGGGAAAGGUGCAGCUUAAAAACAACAGCAUUCUGACAGAAGGGAUAUUACAUCACCACUAUUCUUAUACUGUGGGGGAAAGCCCCCUGUCCUAUUUCAGAUGACAUAAAUUGCUCAUUUGCUGCUAACAUACCUAUAUGCAACAUAUUUUUGUAUUUUGAUUAUAGAGUUUUUCAUCCUAUAAGCCAUUUUGCAUCCAUUGCUUAAAGUACGAAGAAAAAAGCUUUCUUUAUGCCUCCGUAAAUGUCUUAACGUUUACUAUUAUGCCACUAGGAAUGUAUAACAAGUACUUUGGAAGGCAUUGCUUUUUUGUUUGUUUGUUUGAAAUUAGGUUGCAUAUAGGUAGAAAAUUAUUCUGAAAGAUAUAUCCAUCCAUGGAAUUUCAUUUUAAAUAAAAUCUUCCUGUACAUAGCAGAGGAACUUUAUUUCCAUAAUUUAUUUAUUUUUUUUGGAAAUAAUAUUUCCAAUAUUAUUGGAACAAGGAACUGUUAUUCUAUUCUUUUUUUUUUCUUUUACAAAUUUCUAGAACCAAGAUCAACUUAAAUUUUAGAAUAUGUCCUGUGUUGCAAUCUCUAAGGCUCAGAACUCCAGUUACACUGGCUAAAUCAGAGUUGCUGUAGUGCCUCUCCAUCCUUCACUGGUGGGGUAAUGGGAAGAUCCCGUUAAGCAGCUUUCCCAUGGCAGGAUCCAUCUAGAUUAGCUCGAUUAGCUAGAUUAACUAGAUUAGCUCAGAUGCAGAGGGGAACUUCAGUGCGGGCCAUUCUGUAUAUUCUGGGCUUCUUAUGUCACCUGACAGCAUGGGAAGGAGCAACACUGCCAUGGUUCCUGUGCUGCAAGGAGUAAUACUAGAGCCAGUCCUCAGUGCUUUUAUCCUAAGAAGCCAUUUAUUGUAAGGUCCUUGCUUUACCAUGUCACUGGUUAUACACUUGUUAAAUACCAAGAAAUAUUUCAUGCCAGACUUCUAAGUACUGUAGAUGGGACAUUGCUGAGAAAUAAUGAAAAUGUACUGUAUAAACUAAAUAAUUUUUUAAAUCUGAUUUUACAUGUUUUAAAGGAUUAAACUAUGGGCAUUAUGUUGUCAAGUAGA